AUGGAAAUCCUGGAAUUUGAAAAAGAAAAACGUUACUGUAUCCGCAAGACACACACUGCUGUCAUCUGCGCAGUGGUCAUAGUGACAGGUGUUGCUGUGGGGCUCGGGGUGGGUUUGAGCCAGAAGACCUCCUCAUCAGAAGAGGAAACCAAACCAACACUAUCACCCCCAACACCACCACCACCACCACCAGCUGACCGGGGUCCGUGCAAACCCUCUAACAACACAAAUGGUGACUGGAGCAAUUUCCGCUUGCCUGACUACAUAGUACCAUUCCAUUACGAGCUACAUCUGGAGCCAGACCUUGAAACAGACAUCUACACUGGGAGCGUGUCCAUCCAUCUGUACCUGAGGCACCCCAGCUUGCAUCUUUGGCUCCACAUCCGAGAUACUUUUGUCACUGCAGUUCCCACUUUACAGCGCAGUGACCCAUCUGGCCUGACCUCUGUUGGGGUGAAGGAAUGCUUCGAGUACAAACCACAGGAGUAUGUGGUGAUGGAGGCAGCCGAGGAGCUUCCUGGCACAGGCGAGCACUACAUCCUCACUCUCCACUUCCAGGGCUGGCUCAAUGGCUCUCUCGUUGGUUUCUACAGGACCACUUAUCAGGAGAAUGGAGUUACCAAGAAAAUCGCUGCAACAGACCAUGAACCGACGGACGCUCGUAAAUCUUUCCCUUGUUUUGAUGAGCCAAACAAAAAGGCCAACUACACAAUCUCCAUCACCCAUGACAGUGCAUAUAAAGCUCUGUCCAACAUGCCUGUGGAGAAAAUAGAAGAAGUGUCAGACCAAAGAAUAAAAACCUCUUUUAAAACAUCAGUUAAGAUGAGCACCUAUUUGGUAUGUUUUGCGGUGCACCAGUUCGAUUUUGUGGAGCGGAAAUCAAAAAGUGGAAUACCACUGCGGAUCUAUGCUCAGCCUUUGCAGAUUAAAACCACUGAAUAUGCUGCAAAUGUCACCAAGAUUAUAUUUGAUUACUUUGAGGAGUACUUUGACAUGCCAUAUUCCAUACAGAAACUAGAUAAGAUAGCAAUCCCAGACUUUGGGACAGGUGCGAUGGAGAACUGGGGGUUGAUUACCUACAGAGAAACCAACCUGCUGUUCGAUGAGAAUGAGUCUUCAUCAUACAACAAACAGCGAGUGGCCAGUGUCAUUGCACAUGAGCUUGUUCACCAGUGGUUUGGAAAUAUUGUGACCAUGGACUGGUGGGAUGACCUGUGGCUGAAUGAGGGCUUUGCUAGUUUCUUUGAGUAUGUGGGAGUGGAACAGGCAGAGCGUGACUGGGGAAUGCGUGACAUCAUGCUUAUCGAUGAUGUAUUUCCUGUCAUGGUUGAUGAUGCACUUCUCUCCUCCCAUCCUAUUAUUGUGGAUGUGUCCACCCCUGCUGAGAUCACAUCUGUGUUUGAUGCCAUCUCGUACAGCAAGGGAGCUUCUAUUUUAAGAAUGCUGGAGGACUUGCUUGGCCGUGACAUCUUUAGGGCUGGAUGUCGAAGAUAUCUGAAAACCUUCCCCUUCAAGAAUGCAAAGACAGCAGACUUCUGGAAAGCCUUGGCUGAUGAGAGUGGCUUACCUGUGGCAGAAAUUAUGGACACAUGGACCAAACAGAUGGGUUAUCCAAUGCUGAAUCUGACCACCACAGGCACUGAUGCCAGACUCACCCAGACCAGGUUUCUCCUGGACCCCAAGGCAGACCCCAGCCAGCCUACCACUCCCCUGGGCUACAAAUGGACCAUUCCUGUGAAAUGGAGCACACUGAACUCCAGAAAUAAUUCCAUCUUAUUUGACAAAGGACAAACAGAGUUAGUCAUUACUGGCUAUUCCCCUACAAACGAUGGGCUCAUCAAAGUCAACAAAGACCACAUGGGCUUCUACAGAGUUAAUCACCAUGACAGUGUGUGGAGCGCUAUCGGCGAGCAACUUCUCACAGAUCAUCUGGUGUAUGAUGCAACUGACCGAAGCAGUUACAUUGAUGAUGUUUUUGCAUUUGGACGGGCAGACAUUGUUGAUUAUGGAAAUGCCUUCAACUUGACAAGAUAUCUGUUUAAUGAAACAGAUUAUAUUGUUUGGGAUCGGGUAUCCACUUCUAUCUCCUAUGUGAGAGAAAUGCUGGCGGAUGAUCCAGUGCUAUACCGCAAAUUGCAAAAACUUUUCCAGGACCAUGUGCAGAAGAUAUCCAGACAGCUUGGGUGGGAUGACGUGGGGAACCAAACAGAACGGCUGCUGAGAGAGACUGUUUUGGGCAUUGCAUGUCAGAUGGGUGAUCAGGAGGCUCUCAACCAAGCCUCUGACAUUUUCAAUAAAUGGAUUAAUGGAACAAUAAGCAGUGUUGCUGUCAACUUGAGGUUGCUGGUGUACCGUUAUGGAAUGAAGAACUCGCAAUUGUCAAGGAGUUGGGAAAUCAUGUUCCAGAGGUAUCUCUCUGUUACUCUUGCACAGGAGAAAGACAAGCUGCUCUAUGGCCUGGCAUCUGUAGAGGAUAUCCCUCUCCUUAAUAGGUUGCUUGAGGCCGCUAAAAAUGAGAGCAUUGUGAGGAGUCAAGAUGUUUUCACUCUAGUGCAAUAUGUGUCCCGAAACAAAUAUGGUAAAACCAUGGCCUGGGAUUGGGUCACUCUCAACUGGGAUUACCUAGUGAACAGAUACACCAUCAAUGACAGGAAUUUGGGCCGUCUGCCCUCCAGAAUUACAAGUACAUACAACACAAAGCUGCAGCUGUGGAAGAUGGAGCACUUUUUUGCCCUGAACCCGAAUGCAGGAGCAGGUGAGAUGUCAAGGAAACAGGCUUUAGAAACAGUGAGGAACAAUAUUGAGUGGAUGGAACGGAACCAGGAUGAGAUCCGCUUCUGGCUGGAGAGCAAUGUGUCUUAGUUCUGUCAGAGAAAUUCAUCCCACCACCCUUUAUACAUCACCCAUAUUUGGUUAAAUGUUUUCAGAAAGUCAAUGAAUUGCUCAGGGCAUCUUGAAAACGAAUCCUAAGCAAAAGAGUCUUAAAUGAAAAUAAUAAAGUAGUCUUGGAUUCUGUUGCCAGUACAGUUAAAUGAAUUGAGACUAAGCAUUAUUGAUCUUUAGGCACUGUACAUUGUUUAUUUAAUGUUGCAAUAUAUUGUAUUUGUAUGUGUCGCAAGAUAAAUAUAGCAUAUUAAUUCUUUGUAAAAUGUGUAAAUAUAUAAUAAAUGUUAUUGCCUAAA